UCAAUGGUUAAUGUUUGGCGACAUGGUCCAGAGCUUCUGACACUACCAUUUGUCAAUCAUGUGAUGUAUUCUUUUUCUUUGGUAUUCCAGUUUACUUACAGACACUUGUUGGUACCAAUAAUGUGUUUCACUGAGGUUGAGGAGUAGUGACCCCUGCAAAUAUAGUCUAUUGUGUCAAUGUUGAGGUGAUAAUGGUGUUUACGGUGUUGACAAUGGUGGUAGCCAGAGUUGACCCUGAAAGGAUUGUGUUGAUCAAUGGGAUGGAAGUGUGAGUUGACUCUCUCUGGGUUUUGUUGACCAUUGUCACCCCAUUGCUGACUUGCUAAUAAACUCCAGCCAGGCAGACAGUGUUAAGGGUACUUUCGCCUUCCAGGGGAACAUCUGGUGGGCUGUCAAGUCAUGCUCUGCUUUCCACUGAAAAUGCCUGUAUGGAAUUUUGCAUCUGUGUGGCCACUGUCUGACUGUGAUGUACUUGUUGGUGUACAAUUAUAGUUGUUUGAAAUGGGGAAAAGCUAUUUUUACUGAAUGAAUACAUCUCUACAUGUUCUAGAUAUAGAGUAUCAUGUUUUAUUGGGGAAAUCUGCUAAUGAAUCUCCAUCACUGCUUAUUUCCAUGGACAGAAGAGCAGUUGAACAGGUAGAUGGAGAAGCAGCUGACUAUUGGCCUGUCUUUGUUGCUGGGGCUCCUCCUAGUCAUGCCUGAGGUGGGGGGGCGGAAGGAAGAGUCCCAAAAGCGCCUUUCCCGCUCCUCAGAGCUAAAAGCAGGCCGCUGCUCCUACACAUUCAUUGUUCCUCAGCAAAAACUGAAGGGGGCGCGGUGCGUGAGCACCGAGUCCACCACCGGCGCCGCCAACCACUCAGAGGUAACGGCUCUGCGGGGGGAGUUGAACCGUCAGCAGGAACAGCUGGAGAAGCUGAGAGGCCAGCUGGAGCAGGAGGGCGCCCUGGUUAUGGAGGUACGGGCGCUACGGAAAGAGAGCGGCAGCAUGAACUCCCGCAUCGCCCAGCUCUACGCCCAGCUGCUGCACGAGGUUAUGUACAAGAAGGACCAGGUGGUCAAACAGAGGCGGGUCGAGAACCUACUGCUCAACGCCACCGCACAGAUGCUGCAGAUCUCCACUAGUUACAGGGAGCUGGAGAAGAAGUAUGGAGCCCUCACCUCCAUGAUGAGCAACCAGAGUCAGCUCAUCGCCCGGCUGGAGAAGCUGUGCCAGGCCACCAAGAACACUACCCCACCUCCACAGAUGACCUCUGAACCCCUGAAUAUCCAGUCCAGUGGGCCCCUGAAUGACAGCUCAGAGUCCAAUGUGAUGGCUAAUGAUGUUCAGAGAGACCAGGGCGCCCCUCCACUACAGCCACAGGAGGAGAGAGAGCCCCUGCAGGGGACAAAGGUGCUCCCCACCACCAAGGCUGACACCCCUACCGACGCCCCCUUCAUAAGCUUCCCUGUCACUAAGACCCCAGGACCCUGGAGGGACUGCCAGCAUGUGCUGGACUCGGGCGAGACCACCAAUGGGAUCUACCUGCUGCGUCCACAGAGCGCCAACCGGCUUCUGCAGGCCUGGUGUGAACAGACCAAGGCCCAGGGAGGCUGGACCGUCAUCCAGAGGAGACAGGACGGAUCAGUCAACUUCUUCAGGACCUGGGAGCAGUACAAGCAAGGCUUUGGGAACCUGGAUGGAGAGUACUGGCUGGGUCUGGAGCACCUCUACUGGCUGACCAAGCAGGCCCACUACAAGCUUCGGAUGGCCAUGGAGGACUGGCAGGGCCGCCAGGUGUUUGCAGAGUACGACAGCUUCCGCCUGGAGCCUGAGAGCGACUGGUACCGUCUGAGGCUGGGGGAAUACCAAGGCAACGCUGGAGACUCAAUGUCCUGGCACAAUGACAAAGCCUUUACAACUCUGGACAAGGAUAAGGAUGCUUAUUCAGGGAACUGUGCCCACUUCCAGAAGGGGGGCUGGUGGUACCACAUGUGUGCCCACUCCAACUUAAACGGCGUGUGGUAUCGAGGGGGUCACUACCGCAGCCGCUACCAGGACGGGGUUUACUGGGCAGAGUUCCACGGGGGCUCCUACUCCCUCAAAACGGUCACCAUGAUGAUCAAACCCACCUAACCCUCUCCCCAUUGGUGGCACCUUAAUUGGGGAGGACGGGUUCGUGGUAAUGGCUGGAGUGGAAUAGUUUCAAAUACAUCAAACAUGGUUUCCUUGUGUUUGAUACCAUUCCAUUCACUCCGUUCCAGCCAUUAUUAUGAGCCGUCCUCCCCUCAGCAGCCUCCUAUGUUAAACACACAUGUCCAUCAGGCAUCAGGGUAAUAUUAUGGUUCCGUCAUGGAUAAGGAAGGAUGUUAAUGAAGUUCUUACAUGUUAAACAGGUAUGUUAAUAAGACAGUGUUAGACUGACAUGCCAACACAACAUGUGGAAUUGGUUUCUAACUGCAAUGUAUUUAUUUAAUAAAAAAUUGCAAAACAAUGUUUGAACAUUACUUUUUGAUAUUAUCUAUCUAUCCUCUCACAAACAUACACACACACAUACACUCGCAUACACACACACACAUACACACACAUAC